AAAUCAUGAGUGGAGGAUCUCAAGUCCACAUUUUUUGGGGUGCUCCAGUUGCUCCACUGAAAAUGACAGUAUCGCAAGACACAGCUUCUUUAAUGUCCGUUGCUGACCCCUGGAAAAAAAUUCAGCUUUUAUGCAGUCAACAUUCUUUAUAUCUGAAGGAUGAAAAACAGCACAACAAUCUUGAAAACUGUGAAGUCCCAGAAUCUAUUGGUUCUCCAGAUCUUCUUAGUGGUCAUUUCUUAGCAAACUGUAUGAAUAGACAUGUUCAUGUGAAAGAUGACUUUGUACAUUCUGUUUCUGAAACACAGAAUAUAGAAUCCCAGAAGAUUCACUCCUCUAGACUGAGUGAUGUAACUAGCUCUAAUAUGCAAAUAUGUGGAUUUAAAAGCGCAGUUCCGCAUUUAACUGAAGAAGAAAAGUAUCAAAAGCUUCUCAGUGAAAAUAAAAUUAUAGAUGAACAGCCUAAACAUCAGUCAGAUAUAUGUGGUGAGAACUUUAACACAAAUUUGUGUCAGUUAAGCCAUAAGUGUGCAGCUAUGUUGGAUUUGGUUUGUAGUACUGAACAAAUUAAUAUAGGGCCUGAAGUGGUACAAAGAGAGUGUGUGCCGACAGAAUAUCAUGAAAUACAAAACCAGUGUUUGGGAUUAUUUUCCUCGAACGCAGUAUAUAAGCCAAGGUCUGAAGCAGCAGUUAGGAAGGUCUCAGACCUUAAAAUAUCAACUGAUACUGAAUUUCUCAGUAUAAUUACCUCCAGCCAGGUUGCUUUUUUAGCUCAAAAGAAAGAUAAAGGGCGGAGUCCUAUAAAUAAAGAGAAUGCAAACAUGGAGACUGAACCAAAGGCAAGUUACGGGGAGAUAAGAAUACCUGAAGAGAAUUUGAUUCAGCUUGAUGAUUUUACAGAUGCAUAUGAAAGUGGACAAAACCAAGCAUAUUCCCUUGAACUUUUUAGUCCUGUUUGUCCUAAAACAGAAAAUAGCCACAUUCACAUAAACUCUGAUAAAGGUCUUGAAGAAAAUACAGGAUCUCAAGAACUUUUCAGUUCUGAAGAUGAACUGCCACCAAAUGAGAUAUGUAUUGAGUUGUGUAGCUCAGGAAUACUGUGUUCCCAGCUAAAUACCUUCCACAAAAGUGCUAUUAAAAGAAGCUGCACCUCUGAAGAUAAGGUGGGCCAGUCUGAAGCUCUGUCUAGAGUCCUUCAAGUAGCUAAGAAAAUGAAGUUGAUUUCUAAUGAAGGAGAUUCUGCUAUAGAAAUGGAUCAGAGGAAUGUGUCUGAAUUUAAGGGUAUUAAAAAAACAUCAUUAAUAAAAAACUGUGAUUCUAAAAGCCAGAAGUAUAAUUGUUUAGUCAUGGUGCUAUCUCCAUGCCAUGUGAAGGAAAUAAACAUAAAAUUCGGACCAAAUUCUGGCUCUAAAGUGCCUUUAGCAACAGUUACAGUAAUUGAUCAAUCAGAAACUAAGAAGAAAGUUUUUCUGUGGAGGACUGCAGCAUUUUGGGCAUUUACAGUGUUUCUUGGAGAUAUAAUUUUACUCACAGAUGUUGCUAUUCAUGAGGACCAAUGGGUUGGCGAGACAGUACUACAAUCAACAUUUAGCAGUCAGUUAUUAAAUCUUGGGAGUUAUUCAUCUAUUCAGCCUGAAGAAUAUUCCAGUGUAGUUAGUGAUGUUGUACUUCAAGACUUACUGGCAUAUGUGUCCUCAAAACAUUCCUACCUCAGAGAUCUUCCUCCAAGGCAGCCUCAGAGGGUGAACAGUAUAGACUUUGUAGAAUUGGAGCACCUUCAGCCUGAUGUAUUAGUCCACGCAGUACUAAGAGUUGUUGAUUUCACUGUACUGACAGAGGCAGUAUACAGUUAUAGAGGACAGAAGCAGAAAAAAGUUAUGUUAACAGUGGAACAAGCCCAAGACAAACAUUAUGUGCUUGUAUUAUGGGGUUCUGGAGCAGCCUGGUACCCUCAACUUCAAAGGAAAAAAGGUUAUAUUUGGGAAUUUAAAUAUCUUUUUGUUCAGCGCAAUUACACACUAGAAAACCUAGAGUUGCAUACAACGCCUUGGUCAUCCUGUGAGUGCUUGUUUGAUGAUGAUAUAAGGGCACUUACAUUUAAAGCAAAAUUUCAAAAAAGUACACCCUCCUUUGUGAAGAUAUCAGACUUAGCAACCCACCUAGAGGAUAAGUGUUCAGGAGUGAUUCUAAUUAAAGCCCAGAUUUCAGAGCUGGCAUUUCCUAUUACAGCAACUGAGAAGAUAGCUCUAAAUGCUCACAGUUCUCUGAAGAGUAUUUUCUCUUCUCUUCCCAACAUCGUAUAUACUGGCUGCGCAAAAUGUGGAUUGGAACUAGAAACAGAUGAGAACAGGAUCUAUAAACAGUGUUUUAGCUGCUUGCCAUUUAUUAUGAAGAAAAUACACUAUAGGCCAGCCUUAAUGACUGUAGUUGAUGGAAGACAUGAUGUUUGCAUCCGUGUAGAAUCAAAGCUGAUAGAGAAGAUUCUUCUCAACAUUUCUGCAGACUGCCUCAACAGAGUGAUAGGUAAUAUAUCAGUGUGCCAUCAAGCGGUUGUUAUACUCAGGAGUAUAAAUGGUAUUUCGGAACAGAAAGAGCACUGUACUUUAAAUUAAGAGCUUUUCUGUCCAUAUAAAAGCAGAAGGAUAAUUUAGCUUAAGUGAAAUAUAAGCCUAUGUAAGUUAGAAGGUUGACUUGCUUUACACCUGUUAGUACAUGAAUGGUGGGAGGCACCUAAUUUCUUCUUAACCUACAUUUCCAGUUGGUAAACAAAAACUAUUUUACUUAACUCUGGUUUUGUAAGAGUGAAGUCAGUGAGUGUGUGACACAAUAUAUAUGAAGAUAGUCCACUGUCAGUGGCAUGGAUUUGCAAGAUCUUCAAUCGUGAUGUCUUAGUCAUCAGUGGCUAAGAAUAAAGCAAAGACAAUAUAUCUGUCAGGUAUUCAAACUCCAUUCCUGUUCUCAUUAGCCUCAGAUCCUCUAAGCUGAUGAGCUAAUCUGGUUCUGUGAUUGCUUUAUCUUUUAAUAGCAGAUUGUUUUUUGUGUUCUUUUUUAGUUGGGGGUGUCUAGUAAUUUUUGGUUGAAUGCUGAACAUUGCAUAUAUUAAGUAGAACAAUAUAAACUGAGGUAAAUAGUAUUUGUACCUGGAAAUAGGCAUGCCUCUUCUGGUCCUUUACUGGAGGUGAGGGGUGAGCAGGAUGGUCAGUCUUGUCAUAUGUUGAGUUGGAUUCAGGUUUUGUUGUUUCUCUGGUUACCUUCAGGUCACCACUGGUUUCGAAUUAUCUUGUGCUUAUGGUGGGAGGUGGUUCCCCAGUAUUCCUGCUCCACCAUCAACUUAGCCCUCCACGCUGCACUUGGGCCUCAGAGAAAGUUUCUCUCCGUGUUCUUGCACCUCCCCAAGUUGCACAAACUUUUGUUGGUUGUUACUUGGUGCAUCCUAACCUGGUGGGCAGGAGCACGAUUGUUCCUCUUUGAUUCUGGUCCAGCCCCAGUCUUAUACAGGAUCUUGCAUAUGGUGCUUUCUUGGUAGCCCUGUCCCUUAUGUGGCUGUACCAGUGGCAGCCGAGCUCUAUCUUGUGUCUUUGGUGGGUCUUGUGUGGUCCUGGCCCUGCCCCAGCAGUAGGGGACCACUAAUGGUCUUGACCCAGGCUGGUUUUUCAGUCCUCCCUCAGGAUGGAGGGAUUUUUUUUUUUCUUUUUUCUUUCCUGCAUCUGUGCUGGUUCCUCACCUGUACCCUGGGGCAACAGGAUUUGGUGUCCUUCUUCCAGCAGUUGAAGGCUUUUGUUCCUUAAAAGGGAGGCCAGAUAGUGCUUUGUGUUUUGUAGUUGGAAGCCUUCUUUGACGUCUUGCCCUGCCCCCAGUCUUGUGAGCACCUGGUGGAGGUGAGACUUACCAUGUGGAGGAGCCUGUGAGGAUGCAGACGUUCCUUAUGUUGGUGACACUGGCAAUUCAUUGGCUUUUUGCAAUUAAUUUAUUAAUAAAAAUCACAUUCUUCUUUCCUGCCUAUAUGGAGGACUUGUCUUCUUCCCGAGGCCUGCCCCAAGGGAACCUGUGCUCCUGUUCCAUCUCCCUGGAGGCACCUGUCUCCUUAUGUUUCAGUCUUUUUUGCUGUUUUACAACCUUGGUUCUCAUGUGUAUUCAAGAAAAUGAUGAUUUUAUAUUUAUUCAGCUUUUUCCAGUAACUGUUAGGGUGGGAGCCCCACUCUUUCCAGCUUUCUACAUCCUAAUUAGAAGCCUCUCUUCUUUUUUCCCCCAUUUUCUUUAUUUCAUUUUUAUUCUUUUGACUAUUUUCAUUCCUUUUAUUAA